GAGAAAUCCCACCCCAAAACGCUGACAGCGCCUCCACAUCGAAAGCAAGGAACAUGAAUGGGAGAAGACAUCUCAUUUUACAAUUUCACCGUCCACAACAGGUUAAACUAGUAGUAACUUCUUAGAAACUGAGCAGUUGCCGCUUUAUAUCAUCGCUAUUGCUAACGUAAUCAAAAUUACGGAGGCAAACAAUUAUUUCAUAAUUUUAAAAAUUUCUGAAAUACAUUUCAAAAUAGAAUUUUUUUUUCGAAAUUUAUAUAUUUGGUAUCGCAUAAAGAAUUAGAGCAAAAAUAUUCUGAUUGAUGGGUUGAAAAUCAGAUCUACACGAUUUCUAAGCAUGGUUCGUAAAGUUAUUUUCUGGUUGCUCAUAGCCCUGCUCGAGGUUUCAUCUUUGAAGAGCUUAGAUUUUAAAACCAUUCUGCCUGAUAAUCCACAAGAAUAUGAUAACCUACAACCUCCCAAAGAAAAAGAAUCAUCUCCCACUGUAGUAGAAUUUCACAUCACUGUUUUAAGCAUUGACUCCAUAGACGAAGGCUCAAUGACAUAUGUAGCUGAUGUAUUCAUGUCUCAAAGCUGGAAAGAUAAUCGAUUGCAUUUGCCAGAGAACAUGACUGCCAAAUACCGUCUUCUGCCUACCACGUGGCUGAAAGAUAUUUGGCGACCAGAUGCCUUUUUCAAAAAUGCAAAGCGUGUCAUUUUUCAAGAUAUGACUGUUCCAAAUCACUAUAUUUGGCUCUACAGGGACAAGAAAAUUCUUUAUAUGGUGAAAUUAACACUUGAAUUAUCAUGUGCGAUGAAAUUCCAGUCAUAUCCCCAUGACACUCAAACAUGUGGUCUUAAAAUUGAGAGCUUAUCAUAUACAACGGAUGAUCUUGUGUUCAAGUGGGAGGAGCAAACUCCUCUAGUAGUGGAUGACGACAUAGAGCUUCCACAACACAUACUCACUAAUACAAGACUUGGUGAUUGCACAAAGUCGUAUUCAACAGGUAAUUUUACUUGCAUCGAAGUGACCUUUACUUUAAAAAGGCGCCUUGGAUAUUACUUGUUCCACACCUACAUUCCGACCUGCCUCAUUGUCAUCAUGUCUUGGAUCUCUUUUUGGAUCAAAGUGGAUGCCGUACCUGCACGCGUCACACUUUGCGUUACCUCCUUAUUGACGUUGUCCACCCAACAUGCUCAAUCCCAGAAGUCCCUUCCACCCGUUUCCUAUAUUAAAGCCAUCGAUAUAUUUAUGUCUUCCUGCACUAUAUUUGUCUUCCUUUCUCUUAUGGAAUAUGCAGCUGUCAACAUCAUUGUCACAAGCGGGGAGACAAAGGUUGCCAAGGCCAACAAGAAAAUGGCAUCCAUGUUGCCAGAGACACACUUACUUCCAAAUGGACUCAAACAUUCCAUUUCAUUACCUGAACCAAAUGAUGGACAAAAUACGGCACUUCGGGUGGAUAAAUUUUCACGAUUUCUUUUUCCGUUCGUAUUUGUUGCCUUGAAUGUUUGGUACUGGUGUAAUUUCGUUUAUUUCAGUUAAAAAAAUACUUUUUACGCAACAAAGCGACACAAUUUAAGAUUUUCAUUCGAGAAUCAAUUCAGCUUUCAAAUCCACAAUGCAACAUUAUUUUUUUUCUUCGUGAAACUUCAUUCCAUUUAACUUUAUUUAUUCCAGUUUAGUGAGAUAAAGAAGGUAUUAUGAUAUUUUCGUUUGAAGUAUUAAAUAUUAUAAAAGUAAAGAUGUGAUGAUUAACAAUCAUUUUUUUCAAAAU